ACUGAAUAAAGGAUAAAUGGAGGUAGCCAACGCCGCCGGCGCCGAUGGAGACGUUAACACCGCCGGUACUCUGAUCAUCGUGAAUAUAAAGUUCAGCGGACGAUCAAUAUCAUUGGAUAUCUCUCUCGAUUCAUUCGUUAGAGACCUCAAGUUUCAUCUUCAGCCUCUCACCAAUGUUCUUCCGCAAAACCAGAAGCUCAUCUUCCAAGGCAAGCUUCUUGUGGAUGACAUGACACUUAGGAGUUCUGAAGUGAUUAAUGGGGCUAAAAUCAUGCUUAUUCGUUCGCAAGGUCUACACCAAGGGGUUCCUCCCGUUAAAAGGGACGCUUUGGCAUCCUCUAAGUUGAAGGCAGUAAUGGAAAAUCAGAACAGUGAAAAUGAGAUUCGUUUCCUAAAGGAUUUUGAGCAUUGGAAAGCAUCUGGAGUCAUUGCAUUAUCAGACUGCCUUUUGGAAGUAUGUAGACCUGAUGCAUUGUUCUGGGAGGACAUUCCUGAUAUAGUUUAUGCUGGUCGAACUUUCGCAACAGUACUAGAUCUAAGCUACAACUUUCUACAAGAGGUGCCGUUUGCAAUUAACUAUUUCCAAUCCCUGCAGAAAUUGCUUUUGAAUAGAAAUGAAUUAGGAGAUGACUCAAUUAGCUGGGCAGGACUAGCAUCUUUGAAAUCUCUUACAAAUUUGUGCCUAAGCCACAACAACUUUUGCAGUUUGACAACUUUGCCUUCAACAUUGGGAUUUUUGACUUCCCUGAAGCAACUUGAUGUUGCAAAUAACAAGCUAACAUGUCUCCCAAGUGAAAUUGGACAGUUACCUCAGCUUGAAAUGUUGAUGGCAAACCACAAUAGUCUAUCCACUAUUCCGACAUGCAUUGGCAACUGUAUCUCACUCGUCGAGGUGAAUCUUUCGACAAAUCUUUUGACAGAGUUGCCGGAUGCUUUUGCCAAUUUACAUAAUUUGAAGGUUCUUACUCUUAGCAACAACGUCGACCUUAAGUACCUCCCAAAAACCCUGUUUAAAAUGUGCAAACAGCUCUUAACCUUGAACGUAUAUGACACAGAAAUUACCAUUGACCUUUUAAGACAGUUGGAAGGAUGGGAUCGAUUUGAGUUGAGGAAGAGAAAUAACAGGAUUUUUGAAUUGGGGGAAUCUGCUGAAUUUGCGUUGGAGGACGACGAGAAAUAAUAACAGAGCUGUUGAUUUUCUGCACCUUUCAAGGUAAAUAAAUAAGGUGAUAUAGACUGAUCUAAUCAAUAAAUAUCAACAUAAUUGGACAGAUGUGACCUGAACUAGUAGUAUCUGCCAUUGUUUUUUUUAGAAACAGCAAUAUACUGA